GCCAGCGGCAGCGCCAUGCAGGCCAACGGAGCAGGAGGGGGUCAGCAGCAACAGCCGCCGCCGCCGCCGCCGCCGUCGUCACAGGGUCCGGAUCUGGGCUGCCUCAACGCCCAAAACGGCGAGGCCUCGUCGGGAUUGACCACUGGAGAGCAGUUAGCUCACGCCAAUGGGUUGCUGCCGUCGGCCAACAACGGCGACGGCGGUGGCGGCUCGAGUGUCAAUAAUGGGGUCUCGGCCCCCGGUGGCUCCGCGCUUGAGAUGGGGGGAGGCAGCGGUGUCGGCGUCGGCAACAGUGCCCUGAAGAAGAAGAAGCGGCUUUCGCAAUCCGAUGAGGACGUGAUCCGGCUCAUCGGGCAGCACCUCCACGGCUUGGGCCUCAAGAAGCAACAUCGGAUGAUUGUUUGGCGAGAAUAUGGAUCUAGCCAGACUGUUGAUCUUCUCAUGCAAGAGUCAGGAUGUCGUUUAGAACACCCUUCUGCCACCAAAUUCCGCAAUCAUGUCAUGGAAGGAGAAUGGGAUAAGGCUGAGAACGACCUGAAUGAACUAAAGCCAUUGGUGCACUCUUCUAAUGCAAUUGUGAAGAUGAAGUUUUUGCUGCUGCAACAAAAAUAUCUAGAAUAUCUGGAGGAUGGUAAAGUUUUGGAGGCACUUCAAGUUCUGCGUGGUGAAUUGACACCGCUGAAGUACAACACUGAGCGCAUUCACAUCCUUAGUGGAUAUCUGAUGUGUAGUCAUCCAGAAGAUUUGCGCACAAAAGCAGAAUGGGAAGGAAAAGGAACAACAUCAAGAUCUAAACUCUUAGACAAGCUCCAAACUUACCUACCCCCAUCAGUGAUGCUCCCCCCAAGGCGUCUGCAGAAUCUGCUUCGUCAGGCUGUAGAGCUACAACGGGACCGAUGCCUCUAUCACAAUACUAAACUUGAUAAUAAUCUAGAAUCUGUAUCACUACUCAUAGACCAUGUUUGCAAUAGGAAACAUUUUCCAUGUUAUACUCAGCAAAUACUUACAGAGCACUGUAAUGAAGUAUGGUUCUGUAAAUUCUCCAAUGAUGGCACUAAACUAGCAACAGGAUCCAAGGAUACAACUGUUAUUAUAUGGCAGGUUGACCCUGAUACACAUCAACUAAAACUGCUCAAGACUUUGGAAGGCCAUGCAUAUGGUGUCUCCUAUAUCGCUUGGAGUCCUGACGACAACUACCUGGUUGCCUGUGGCCCAGAUGACUGCUCUGAGCUUUGGCUCUGGAAUGUACAAACGGGGGAGCUAAGGACAAAGAUGAGUCAAUCCCAUGAGGAUAGCUUAACCAGUGUGGCCUGGAAUCCAGAUGGAAAACGUUUUGUGACAGGAGGGCAGCGUGGGCAAUUUUACCAGUGUGAUUUAGAUGGUAAUCUCCUAGACUCCUGGGAAGGAGUAAGAGUGCAGUGCCUGUGGUGCUUGAGUGAUGGGAAGACUGUGCUGGCAUCGGACACACAUCAGCGAAUUCGGGGCUAUAACUUUGAGGACCUUACAGACAGAAAUAUAGUACAAGAAGACCAUCCAAUUAUGUCUUUUACUAUCUCGAAAAAUGGCCGGCUAGCUUUGUUAAAUGUCGCAACUCAGGGAGUUCAUUUAUGGGAUUUGCAAGACAGAGUUUUAGUGAGGAAGUACCAAGGUGUUACACAAGGGUUUUACACAAUUCAUUCAUGUUUCGGAGGCCAUAACGAAGACUUCAUCGCUAGUGGCAGUGAAGAUCAUAAAGUAUAUAUUUGGCACAAACGUAGUGAACUGCCAAUUGCGGAACUGACGGGGCACACACGUACAGUCAACUGCGUGAGCUGGAACCCACAAAUUCCAUCCAUGAUGGCCAGCGCCUCUGAUGAUGGCACUGUUAGAAUAUGGGGACCAUCACCUUUUGUAGACAGCCAGGAUAUUGAAGAGGAAUGCAGUAGCAUGGAUAGUUGAUGGUGAAUUUGGAGCAGACGACUUCUGUUUAACUUAAAUUUAGUCGUAUUUUAAAUGGCUUGGGAUUUGGUGCAAACAAACAUGAUUGAUAGCUGGACAGACAUGCUCAUCAUGAAAAUGAACCAUUUUUUAAGCCCGACUGGGGCCAAACAUUUUACCACCUUGCUUCAUAGUAAACAGUUGAGAUGAAGCACGUCGUUAGAACGUUGUUGGACACCAUGUUGAAGUAACCCCCCAUCGGUUGUGAAGAACUGUGCUACAUUCAGGCUAACCAUUGAACUCCGUAUAUACAUUUUCCCCUUCUGCCAUUUUGUCAGGCAGACUACUGUUCUUGUUGCUCUUCUGUGUAAUGAAGUUUAAAUGCUUGUUUGGAAAACCUUUUAUUUAACAGUUUAGAAAGCUUGAUAGAAAGAGUGCUUUAGUCUGAAGAGUACAUGUUGGAUAGGAAAGUAUUUCCUUCUCUUGUUUCUCUGAGUCUGCCUUAUUUAGCUCGAGAUCUUUGCAGCUUGGUUCAUGGAUUCUAGCCUUGCCCGUUGCGCAGUAUAUCCAAAUCCAGAUGUAAAACCAGUGAAUGACAUGAAAAGCACUCUCAGUAUCACACUUGACAAAAAGGUUUUGUACUUUUCACGUAGCUUGUAACCCUAUAAAUGGGUGAACAGCACAAAUUUUUUUAAGAAUAAAUUAUUUAUAGCAUUAAAAUGACUUUGAUUUGUAUACGUUUGGAAAAUAAACCAGCUUAAAAAGUGUCAUCUACAAGUUAAUGCAGUAUACUUGGUGCUCCUUCUGAGUGUUGUGUAAGACCAUUUGGCUAGCAGGAGUUUUACACAGAUUAUAUAAAGUAUUAUUUUAAAAAAACCUUUGUUUACCAACAUAAUUUGAAAGCUUUCAGAAUCACCAAUAAAACUAUUAUAAUGUAAUUUCUGAAGUUAAUAAAAUGAAAAUUCCAGAUUGGCUAAAACUUGUGCAAUGAUUCUUAUUUGAAACAAAAACUAAAAUGGGAAUGGGAUAAUAUUUUAGAAUCAUUUCCCAAAAUUAAUGGAUUUACUUUUUGAAUUUAAAUAUGUACAUUAUACAAGUGUUCCACAUAAUGUUCACCCCAUAAUUGUUUUCUCAGGGGAUGCUUGUUAAUAGUUUGAUGUUAGGAAUGGGUUGUUGUCUUUAGUUUUUAUAUGCAACCCCCCACCCCCAAUGGCCUGGUAUUGGAUCUGUGUAACUGUUCUAAAUUAAAGAAGGACAUACCUCUGUGUAACAAUGAAACAACAAUUUAUAUGAAAAAAAUCGAGCCCAAUCAAGCUAAAUAAAUGGAAAGUUCUUUAAUUUUGAGGAAAGUCCCAUAUUUGGAAGAGAAUGUACAUUGCUGGAACUUAAGCAUGGUCUUUAAUACUCAGAUCCUGUGAUAAGCAAUCACAGUCAGUGCACUUCAGUGUAUUUCUUAACUCAGAUUUAGCACGUGCUUAUCUUCAUAGCAUUUGAUUUAAUUAGUUAUGUCUCACAAAAUUUCUUUAAACACUUAUCAAAUUAGGAAAGCUGGUAUUCCAAUUACUUAAUGUAAUAACUUAGUUUUUAUAACUCAAAUGACAAAAAAUGUUUUAGAAGACCAGGCUUACAGAAGUCUUUUAAAGUAACAAUGCUUUCCUUUUAUGUUUUUUAAUAGAUUGAACUCUAUAUGUGGCUCAUUUUAUUUCAAUUCAUUUUAUGGAGUAGUGUUUCUUUAUGUUUGCUAUAGUCAAUUCAUAUAUAUAUUCUGUUCAUUUGACAUUAUGUUAUUUUAUUUGAAAUUGCUUAAUAGUUAUUUUUGAGCUUCUGUAAUUAUUUAUUACAGAUACUUGCAGAUACUCCCAUUCAACAUCUUGAAAUGCUUUACAUCUCUAACCAUCAUGGUACUGGCACUAAAAUUGCUUAUUAAUUCAAAACUAUUUUAGGACAUUAGAGCAAAAAUCAGGAGUGGCUGAACCUGAAAGAGUUUGCAUAAUUUACUUUCUUCGGGUUAUUCAAAACAAUCGGGUGCUUGCAAGUAAAAUUUCAUACAUAGACUUUAAUGAACAUGUUUGAACUUAUAGUUUACCCUUCUUUGAAAUAUAAUACUAAGGGGGAACUAAAUUAAAAGCACUGAAGUUAAGCACAUUACUUCUUAUGAGUUUUCUUCUAAGGAAUUUAAAAAAAUACAUAUAAAAGCAUUUCAGAAUGGAAAUGAGUAAGAGUCAUGUUUUGAAAGUGCCACUUCUAAAUGUCACUGCAUAAUGUAAGCUAUGCAGUUCUUAAGUAGCAGCUCCAGAUGUAGAAUUAACAUUUGUUGCCAGGUUCAACUUCCUAUGACUACAUUGUGAGACCAAUUUGUCCAAUUGUCUCACAGUGUUAACACUGCUAGGACUUUUUGUGGGUGGACAAAACACACCAGUAUUUUCUGGCAUGUGCAUUGGAAGGCAUUUAUGUCACUUUUCAUAUAAACUAAAAACUAAAUUCUUCAUUGUAAAAAGAUAUGGAAGAGGUGUAUCUGCAAUAUUCUUAUUUUCAUACAGUAGGUAUUUCUCAAUCUCAGCUGUAAAUUCUAGAUCAAUUAUUAAUUGUUCAUACAACAGAGAUGAUCUAUGAAAACAUGUUAGCAUUUUGACCAUCAAUUCCAAACUAGGCAUGCCAACCAUAAAUUAUCUUGCCACAAUGAUUCUCAUCUUUAUCAGGUAAGUCACUUUAAAAAUAGCACAAAAGAGAAAAAGGAAUUUAAUUUUUAUGUAACCCGUAAAUAGCCUUGUAAAUGUGUAGCUAGCUUCCCUCAGUUUUGAAAUGAUGGGAAUAUGGAGUCACAGGUGGAAAAUUACCCAUCCCCCCCCAAUAAUUUCAUUCUGACUUCCAAACUGGUAUUGUUGAAUGACAUUUAAAUAAUGCUAGGUGUUUAGUGCCAUGUUAACUACAAAAAUCUCCCACCCUUUUAAAAUGGCUUAAAAUUAUUUCUCAUACUAAUUUUAUGCUAGCAAUAGAUAUAUUAGGGAAAGGAGAGUUAGUAACCUUUUUAACAGCAGAAGAAUGUCUUAAUUUGUAAUUUGGGGCAGAAAGGGAAAAUGAACCAAUUUCCAUAAGAUUUGGUGCCCUUUAUCUGUACCCCAAAGCACACGUUGCCUCUGAUUGAUGCAUUUCAGAUAAAUUACUAACCAUGUAUCGUUAAUACUCCAUAUAUGUAGAUAUAUCUGUAUCUAUAUAUAUUUAUCUUGCAUUGGCUCGCAUCCAUUUUCAGCUGCCAUACAACAAACCACUCGUAUGACAGAUAACAUUUUUGAAUAGGGAGGAUUUAACUGAUGUGUGCAGUGUUGUCUGCAAUAGCUGCUCUUGUUGCUGGAACACAAACUAGAAACCUGUUUGCUACUUGCUCACUUCAUAUAGAAGAAUUCAGCAAAGUGUGUAUGGUAUGAAUGUGUGUGUAAAACAGAAUCAGUCAUGGAACCAACUAGGUACAUGUCAUGUUUUACUGAAUAAUUUUAAGUCAUGUUGUGUGUAUUUGUCUUGUCCUCUAACAUUAAAAUUUGGUUAAUACAAAUAUAUUUUUAUAAAUUUCAAGUACAGUGUGCCCCAUUUUUUAAGUGUUUCAUUGUUAAAAAUAAGCGUACUAGAUUUGAUUCUUAACACUUAUUGGCACAGAUGGAAAAAGCUAUUGGCUCCAAAAAUGUAAGAGGAAGAAACAUUCUCAAAGUAUGUGUGUAUUUACAAACCAAGCUGUAGAGAUCAAGAAAAGAACUUUUACUGUUCUCAAAUUUCUAAAUUGUCAAGAUUUAUAUGGAGUUGUGGUGGAACUAGUUAACACUUAGAGCUUUUGGUAUGUAAUGACUAUUUGCUAUGGACUGAUAUUAAAUGUUUCAAAGGAUUGCGUUAUUAAAUUUUCUGGAUUUUGUUACUUUCCUCUUGAAUUAUAUUAAGUAGUUUAAAUUUCUUUUCUGACAUUAAAACAUGAAUUUUGGGGCUCCGUAUUUAUUUUCACUGGUUUUACUAAUUUAUGGGGCACAUUAAUUUUUAUUUUAUAAAUAUGUAGUAUAUUAAACAUAUCUAAAAUCGUUCAAGUCAAGCUACAUUAAUACCUGAUUGUCUAUUGGAGUUUUUUUAAUUAAACUUUUCCAUGUUGGUGCACAGCACUUAACAAA